AUGAUUUACGUCUCGCCCAACUCCGGCUCCGUCGUUCACGCCUCGUCCGCCGGAAAGGCGACCCGGGACGAGGAAGGGCGAAAGAUCGGUCCCGUGCCGCAGAAACUGAAGACUGUUAUCACCCCCAACGAGCAGCAGAUGUCCAAGAUCGAGAGGAACCGUUCCGAAAUCUGGGCGCAGAGGUUGGAGAGAGGUAAGGCUGCCCGCGAGGGCGGCGAACUCAAGAGGUCAAAGAUGGCCGCCAUCACGGGCGUUCUGCCGUUUGGCAAGAACGGCUUCCGCCGGAGGCGAGAGCGCGAGCACGCCGAGGCCCACCUGAUGGAGGCCACGCUGAAGCUCACCAACAAAGGGAACUUGGAGGUUUCCAUCGACGGCACAAUUGUGCAGCGCAAAUCCCGGCCAUCUUGGUUCGGGUUCUUGAGGAGGAAAGACCCUUCGUACAAGCUGCUCGUCACGAAGGAAGGGAUCGAGAUUUAUCGACGAGGGAAACUUGACUGGGUCAUCAAGGCCGAGGACAUUUUCUAG